AUGGUGCAGAAAAAUGUAACGUGCUGGAGGGGCUUUGUCUUCCUGGGCUUCUCCAGCUUUGGGGAGCUACAACUUCUGCUUUUCGCCUUGUUCCUCUCUCUGUAUGUCAUUACGCUGACCAGCAAUAUCUUCAUUAUUGUAGUCAUCAGGCUGGAUAGCCACCUGCACACCCCCAUGUAUCUUUUCCUGUCCUUCCUAUCCUUCUCUGAGACCUGCUAUACUUUGGGUAUCGUUCCUAGGAUGCUCUUUGGCCUGGCUAUGGGGAGCCAAACUAUCUCCUACGCAGGCUGUGCUGCCCAGAUGUUCUUCUCUGCCUCGUGGGCCUGUACAAACUGCUUUCUUCUGGCUGUUAUGGGCUUUGACAGAUAUGUGGCCAUCUGUGCUCCAUUGCACUAUGCCAGCCGCAUGAAUUCCACCUUCUGUUCCCAGCUAGUCUUUGCCUCCUUUCUGAGUGGAUACCUCUUUGGCCUGGGAAUGACACUGGUCAUUUUCCACCUCUCCUUCUGCAGCUCCCAUAAAAUCCAGCACUUUUUUUGUGACACCCCUCCAGUGCUGAGCCUCGCCUGUGGGGACACAGCCCUGAGUGAGCUGGGGAUCCUCAUCCUCAGCUUGGUGGUCCUCUUGGUCUCUUUCAUCUCCAUCACCAUCUCCUACAUGUGCAUCUUGGUAGCUAUCCUGAGGAUCCCCUCUGCUGAUGGACGGAAGAAGGCCUUUUCUACCUGUGCCUCACACUUCACAGUGGUCAUUUUUCACUAUGGCUGUGCCUCUUUCAUGUACCUGAGACCCAAAGCCAGCUACUCCCUUGAACGGGAUCAGCUUAUUGCUGUCACCUAUACUGUGGUGACCCCUCUCCUCAAUCCCAUCGUUUAUAGUCUAAGAAAUCGGGCUGUGCAGACAACUAUGAAAAAUGCUUUCCAAGGGAGCUUACUGGGUAAGAGAUGA